AUGGAUGAUGUCAGAUGCUCAGGUAGUGAGAGGUCUCUGACAAGCUGCUCAUACAACAGCAACCAUAACUGUGGACAUAGUGAAGAUGCAGGGGUCAGCUGCCUUCCAGCCAGUGGCCAGAUCAGGCUGGUGGGUGGCUCUCAUCAGUGUGAAGGUAGAGUGGAGGUGUAUCACUCUUCACAGUGGGGAACUGUGUGUGAUGAUGACUGGGGCAUGGAUGAUGCUGCAGUGGUGUGCAGACAGUUGGGGUGUGGCAGUGCAAUCAGUGCCCCAGGAGAAGCCUCUUAUGGUCAGGGGAGCGGGAAGAUUGUGAUGGAUGAUGUCAGAUGCUCAGGUACUGAGUGUUCUCUGACAAGCUGCUCAUACAACAGCAACCUUAACUGUGGACAUGGUGAAGAUGCAGGGGUCAGAUGUCAAGGUCAAAAUAUCAGGUUGGUGGGUGGCUCUAAUCGGUGUCAAGGUAGAGUGGAGGUGUAUCUCUCUGGGCAGUGGGGAACUGUGUGUGAUGAUGACUGGGACAUAAAUGAUGCUGCAGUGGUGUGCAGACAGCUGGGGUGUGGCAGUGCAAUCAGUGCCCCAGAAAAAGCCUUUUAUGGUGAGGGGAGCGGAGCGAUUUGGAUGGAUGAUGUCAGCUGUUCAGGUACUGAGAGGUCUCUGACAAGCUGCACAUACAAAAGCAGCCAUGACUGUACCCAUAGUGAAGAUGCAGGGGUCAGCUGCCUUCCAGCCAGUGGCCAGAUCAGGCUGGUGGGUGGCUCUAAUCGGUGUGAAGGUAGAGUGGAGGUGUAUCUCUCUGGGCAGUGGGGAACUGUGUGUGAUGAUAGCUGGGGCAUGGAUGAUGCUGCAGUGGUGUGCAGACAGCUGGGGUGUGGCAGUGCAAUCAGUGCCCCAGGAGGAGCCUAUUAUGGUGAGGGGAGCGGAGCGAUUUUGAUGGAUGAAGUCAGCUGCUCAGGUACUGAGUGUUCUCUGACAAGCUGCUCAUACAAUAGCAUCCAUAACUGUGGACAUAGUGAAGAUGCAGGGGUCAGCUGUAACCUUCAACCGAUCACCAUGCAGAUGCAGCUCUCUCGCACCUCGUCCAACUCAGCAGUCUCACCAGGAGAGACGGUUCUACUAAAAUGUCAAAGCAGUAGAAUCUGUAAUACAAACAACAUCCAUUUAUACAGAAAUGGAGCCUCCAUAAAUACAAAGUCUACCACCGGACAGAACUAUGUGACCUUCAGUAUUAAUAUUGGGAGUUCUUCUGACCAGGGCAGCUACACAUGUGCCAUCCCAUCAUUUUCCUCCACACACAGUAAUUCCAUAACCAUCACCGUAGUGAAUCUGCCAACUCCCAGUCUGUCACUGGAGUCUGGUGCAUCUCUGAUCUGGGGUCAGUCUGUCCAGAUGAGCUGCUCCAUCUCCACUCAGCACCUGGGUGGGACGUUCACCCUGCAGCAGCGCUCUGGCUCAUUCAGAGACACAAAGAGAUCCUCGAUACGCUCUGCCAUCUUCUCCAUUCCUCAGGUGGACUUCAUCCAUGAUGGAGCCUACUACUGCCAGUAUCAAACACAGGUGUCUGGAAGAGACUUCACAUCCCGUCAGAGUAGUACUGUCAGCGUAACAGUGAAUCUGCCGACUCCCAGUCUGUCACUGGAGUCUGGUGCAUCUCUGAUCUGGGGUCAGUCAGUCCAGAUGAGCUGCUCCAUCUCCGCACAGCACCUGGGUGGGACGUUCACCCUGCAGCUGCGCUCUGGCUCAUUCAGAGACACAAAGAGCACCUCGACACGCUCUGCCACCUUCUCCAUUCCUCAGGUGGACUUCAUCCAUGAAGGAGCCUACUACUGCCAGUAUCAAACACGAGUGUCUGGACGAGACUUCACUUCCCCUUUGAGUAAUAUCGUCAAAAUUACUGUGGCAGUGUCUCUGGUGCAGCCCAACAUCUCUGUAGUUGCCCCAGAUGGAGGGCUGUUCUGGGGGCCUCAGGGGCCAGAGGUGACCAGGGGCCACAGCCUCUCCAUCCUCUGCUCUACUGAAGCCCAGUACCCAGGAGGCUCCUUCCACCUCCUCUCGGACGCCUCCAACAGCACCAGGACUCAGAGCGCCCUCAACCACUCAGCCUCCUUCUACAUCCCUGAGAUAGAGCACUCCCACCAGGGCAACUACAGCUGUGUCUACCAGGUCACAGUGUCCAGCCGCACCUUCAACUCAACACAGUCCGAACCACUAACACUCACUGUCAGAGCAUCCCUGGUCCCCAUCAUUGCCUCUGGACUAGUCUGUGGGUUAUUCUUCCUCAUUGUGAUCCCUGCUGUCAUCUACCUGGCUAUGAGGAAGCGUGGAACCAAUGAGGACAGCCUGCCCAUGGCAACUAUUGCUCCCUCUGUAUCUGGCACUGUAAACACCUACGAUGGCAGGCCAGAUGCCACACCUGCAGAUGACAACAUCUACAUGAACACAGUGGAGCUUGCUGACAGCGGCCAUCAAUGCGGAGGAGGUGCAGAAAAUGAUUCGGAUGAUGACUAUGAAAACGUGGACAACUUAAAGAAUACUUCAACUGGUAUAGACAAUGACUAUGAAGAGGAUGACAUCUAUCAAAACUACUGAGAGCUUGGCGGGAUCUUUGUAUUUGGUUAUUUACUGUAUGUUUAUGUUGUGUUGAGUACUGGGUCUCUACACUAUGAGUAUAGUGUACUUCAACCACUCGUACAUUUGAGUUAGAGUAGGUUUAGGAUUAUGAUGAUGUUGUAGGGUUCAGACUUGUACGAAAUUCUGAAUUGAAAUUCACAGUAAUGCCAUAAUAUGAACACUAGGUGGUAGUGUACUAUGUACUCUCAAUGGGUGGUGCAGAUUAAAUAAAAAAAAAAUCAAGGUAAUGACAAAAUGGGAAGACUAGAUGGUGCUGUAUAUUUAUCAGUAUGUGUCUAUUCCCGGCACCUGUUGGGCUGCUUCCACCACCACCUAGUGUUCGUAUUAUGCCAUUACUUUGGAUUUCAAUUCAGAAUUUCGUACAAGCCUGGUAGGGUUAAGAUGAGGGUUUGGCACGCAAGUUACUUUUUGAAAUAUUGUUUUAGAAGCUUAAACGCCUUUAUUGACAGGACAGUGUGAGAUGGUGACAGGAAGCGACUGGGAGAGAGAGAUGGGGGUGGGUCGGAAAAUGACCUUGUCCGGAAUCGAACCCGGCUC